UCCCCCAAGUUCGUGGCAGUCGCAGGCCCCGUUUCGAAGCCACCACCGAAUCCAACUCAUCCACUCUCUCUCUUCUCUCUCCCCCCACACCCUUCCUCGCCCCGUUCAUCCACUCCUUUGAUCUUCUCUUUCUUUCUCUCUCUGCCGCUGCCGUCGCCGCCGCCGCCGCCAUGAAGGGACCAGGGCUCUUCUCGGACAUUGGGAAGAAGGCCAAAGAUCUGCUGACCAAGGACUACAGCUGUGACCAGAAGUUAACCAUCUCGACCUACAGCGCCUCCGGAGUGGGCCUUACUUCUGCUGCUGUGAAGAAAGGGGGGCUUUAUUCUUUUGACAUUGGUACACAGUACAAGUACAAGAACACCCUUGUUGAUGUUAAAGUCGACACAGAUUCAAAUGUCUCAACAACUCUCACCAUGUCAGAGAUCUUGCCAUCUACAAAAACUAUUGCUUCUUUUAAGCUGCCAGAUUACAAUUCUGGAAAGCUAGAGAUUCAAUAUUUCCACGACCAUGCGGGUGUAGCCACGGCUGUGGCCUUGAAGCAAUCGCCUGUCGUUGACCUCUCGGGGACCAUAGGUAUCCAUGGCAUUGCCUUUGGUGCAGAGGCUGGUUUUGACACAGCUUCAGGAACUUUUACCAAGUACAAUGCUGGAAUAAGCUUGGGAAAGCCAGAUUAUAAUGCUUCCAUAAUUCUGGCGGACAAGGGAGACACGCUCAGAGCUUCAUAUGUUUACCAUUUGGAUGAGAUGCAGAAGAGUGCCAUGGUUGGAGAAAUUACCAGAAGGUUCUCCACCAAUGAAAACACAUUCACUGUUGGAGGGCAAUACAUCAUUGAUCCUCAAACUACAGUGAAGUCGAGGCUCAACAACUCUGGCAAGCUUGCAGCACUUCUACAGCAUGAGCUGAAGCCCAAGUCGAUUUUGACCAUCUCUGGUGAGUUUGACACCAAGGACUUGGACAGGGCACCCAAGUUUGGUCUGGCGCUUGCUCUCAAGCCAUGAACUGUGCGUAGAUAGAGGGUGAAAUUUGAAUUUCUCAGUUGGGUCCAGAAGUUACAGGCAAUAAAUUAUACCGCAGACAUCUUUUUGUUGAAGUUUUGGAUCAGUAGGGAUAAUUGGUUGAUGUGGGUGGGUUUUUAGGUUACUUACUGUUUUCCUUUUGUUCUUGGAGGUAACUUGACCUGUGGUAGAUUUGUAAUGUCUUUUCCCUCGCAAGGUGCUUCUCUCAUUAGACUGAGAAAUUGUCACAGUAGUUUGUCUUGCUGAAUUUGCAUUUGAGAAUGAUAUAGUUUUAGCCUUGUUUCUCUUAGCUUUGAACCAAGGUAACAGCUCAGAGAAUUCUGCUGAUCAUACUAUAGGAUUAUUUUCUGAAUGGACUAACAAGCAGAGAAAUGAUGCAGAUUUGAUUUCUUCGAACCUCAGUGUCUUCUCUUCCGUCUAGUACAGGAAGUCAUUUCAGGAUCCGUGGUAUGACCCUCAUGCUGAAGUAAAAUUUACUUUUAUCAAUAAAUUAAAGCCAUACUUUCCUGCUGAUGUUUUGUUCUGUAGACAUUUAUUUGACAAAGUUUAAGGUAAAAUUGUGAAAGCAUUGUAACAUAGCAAAUGAAUUCUUUAGAUUGUUUAGGAUAUAUUCUUUGUAGAGAUUGAAUUGGCUUUAUAAUUUGAAACAAUUUUGAUGAAUUUUAGUUUCGCCUUGCUAAAAUUUAUUAUCCUAUCAAUUGGCCCAAAGGCUGAGAGAUAUUUUAUUUAUUCUGUUUUGUUUCAUUCAACUAUAAAAAUGGCAUCUCUGUUAGGAUUAUUGUUGCAGAAGCAUGCAUGCAGGUGGAAAAGAGCACCCAUUUUAAGUCAUGGUAUAAAUAGAGGGAACAAAGCUAUGCCGGCAAUUGUUGAAUGCUCCACAGAUGGAAAGGAGGACCCUCCUAACAGGAGAAAAAUGGGAGUGUUCUGGCGAGAAUAUGUGCACUGCUAAGGUUUCAAAAUUGCUGUAUAUGACCCUCCAGGUGGCGGCUAAUAACUGAUUCAAUUCUCUCCUCCCUCCCCCCCCCCCCCCCCCCCCCCCCAUUGGAUAAUAUUCGAAGGUUGUUAUGGAAAGGUGUAUCUGAAGCUAAUUCCUUUGCAUGUCUUGUAAGCUGUGUUGUAGUUAGCAAAUCAAAAGGAGGGCUGGGUGUCCUAGAUCUGAAAACUUUCAGUCAAGCUCUUUUGGCUAAGUGGUCCUUGAGACUUCCUGCAAGCCUGGAUUAAUCUUGGAGCCUGGUAAUCGGUAAGUAUCAUUACUGAAGAAAAGGCUAGUGUCUUACGGAGGUAACAAGAGGAAUAUGGCCACCAUUUGGAAGCAAAUCACAUGAAGAUUGGAUACUUUCUGGGCAAGUCUUAAUCAUGCACUUGACAAUGGUUUUCCUGCUGAUUCUGGAAGGAUUGUUGGCCUGGACAUACAACUUCAGCUGAUAUUUUUCCCUUUCUCCCCAUAUGUCCGGAUAUUGAGGCUACUAUUUGCAGAACUUUGGAACUUCACAACUGGCAGAUGGUCACUGGGCUUAUUAAUGCUGGCAGAAAAGUGUUUUCUAAUGGAGAUCUCUGACCUUUAUGAUCCGAUCAAAGACAUCAGCCAAUAUGGCGAUAGAAUUCUUCUUCAAUUUUCUCUGUCAGCUCCUUUUGUGAAUUUCUAAAUGGGGUUGCUGUGCUAUCUCCCUUCAACUCAGCAGCCCCUUUUUUGUCAGCUGCACUAGAGCACAAGCUCCAUAUAAGUAGAAGCCAUGCAGGAUGGCGAGAAAAGGAGGUGGUUUUCUGGUUGGCUUUUUCAGAACGCAUACAUUACAUUCUACUUGUCACCCUUCACUAGAAAUUUGGAGACCAAGCUUGGGAGGACAGGUGUCCAAAGACCAGCUCCAACUUUAAAGAAACUUUGAACACAAUGUGAGGACCAGGUACAUUCCGGCAUCUCUUCAACAUAUCUGGGAUUAAUCAAUAGAUUGUUGCCAUCAUGUGGAGCAUCUGGAUCGAACAGAAUCGGUGUGUAUCUUUGUUAAAACCGAGGGGGGCGGAUGCUGGAAGAAGGGAAGCAUUUGGACAGUUUUUCUUUACAGAAGUGUUGGGCAAGAAGAAAGACUUGAGCACAUACAUGGAGGCAGGAAGGAAGCAACCUGCUUAUCAGAGAAAAAUACAAUUGCAUGCAUAGAGUCGUUUCCAGCAGUUAUACUUUUGUUUUGUUUUGUUAUUCAGUGCUUUUAAGAGAGAUUCACCAAGUUAGGUCCCUUUUUUGUAUGUUUAUUCUGUAGUUGUAUCUCUUUCAUAAUCUCUAUGAAAUUAAGUACGGUGGUUGUCUUUUAGAAAA